GCUGCCAGUGUGACUACAUUUGGAGCGACAGUUGGGUGGGGAGGGACCGCCGUCUGAAGGGCAGCGGCACCACUCAUGCAGCGCAGUGCAUGAGCAAUGUCUCACCCACGAAGGAACAACAUUGUCUGCAACCUCUGAUUGGUGGGCUCUCAGCAAAGAAAGUCAAUAGGUCCAAUGGAAUCAGAAAUUUACUGGAGAGAAGUUUGACUCCUCUGUUUUGCUGUAAAUUGGAGAAAGAGCAACCCAUCUGUUUUUAAGUGCUUUUUGAAUAAUUUGAGAAGAGAGUCAACUGAAUCCUCCUGAGGGACAUGGACACCAUGGAGAACCUAGUCCUCGAGCCCAGAUCGGAGCGGAUCGCUCGUUACAAAGCAGAGAGGAGGCGAGAAUUGGCUGAGCGCUUCGGCAACCUUGAGGAGCUACCUACCAAGUGGGUCAGGAGGGAUGGGAAAGAGGUACACGACCCGGAGACCCACAGCCAGAGAGGGACUUUAGACUUGGAUGGCCUCAGUGAAAGAGUUAAUGGCAGGACACGCAGCGUUACUAACGGAAUAGAGGAGUCCAACCACUUGAAGAGGCAGGGUUCCCCGGACUCUGCCAGCAUGCUGGGCGGGGAGGGGCACCAUGUCCCUGUUGGACUCGAUGCCCCGCAGCUCCGCACUCGAGUGUCGGUGGGCCAGUUGAGAAGUUCUCUUCUGCAGCAGACUGGGAGCGGAGCGCAGCCCGAGAAAGUUUGCCCUAAUUCUGGGCGGUCCACGUCCUCUCUGGAUCUGGCUGUAAAGCCUGGCUCUGAGGGGGGGCGGCGACGCACUCGGCGUUACCUCCCCAGCGGGUCAGGUGGGGGUCGCAAGACCAGCGAGCGCUUCAGGACACAGCCGAUCACAGCCAAUGAGAUGGAGGAGAGCAGCGGGGGGUUGGAUGCAGAGGAAGAGGAGAACAGCAAAGCUGAUGUAAAAACAGAUGACAGAGCCAAAAUGAGUGUGGCAGCCAAGAUGUCUUUGUUUAAAGAGCUGGAGAAGUCUGCUGCCCCCGAGGCCUCUGCCUUCCUGAAGCCUCGCUCAGGAAGUGUCUCUCAUGAGCGCAGGACGCGUCGUGGCAACGACCAUCGCUUUCUUACUCAGCCAAUCACCUGUGAAGAAAUCGUGGCAAUCAGUGCCCCCAAACCAGCACCACCAGUGGAGUCCCUGCCUGCGCAGGCUGACGCAGUGGAGGAUGCUGAUGAGAGCUGCAAGCUGAGCUUGAGUGAGAAACUAGCGCUCUUCAACAAACUAUCCCUCCCAACAAAGCAGGAGGGCGGCCCUGCUGACGGGCCCCCAGAGAGACGGAGGCAGAAGGGGGCCAGGUACCGCACACAGCCCAUCACUGUGGAGGAGGUCAGCUUGCUCCAGAAAGGCCCAAUUCAGCUUCCUGCCUUCUCUUUGUCUGCUCAUCUGUCCGACAGACAGCAGGACUCGUCUGUCAAUCUAAAACCCAGCGAGCUACGCCUUUCCCAACCAAGACCUGACUCCGGUCCUGUUUCUGAAGAGGGCCUGCAGCAUCAUGACUCUGAGCCCGUCCUGAGAGGAAUCCUGAAGAAGAGCUGCUCUGGAGGCUCAGAGUGGAGCAGGGCGACCUGCCAUGAACAGAAUGGUGGAGGUUGUGAAGAUGCAGGAACACAAGGGAGGAUGGAGAGCACAGAUCGGCAGGAAAUGUCUGCAGCACCAAGGAGAGAGAGACGCAAGGCUUCAGGUGUGGAGGGAGGCUCGCUGCCUGCCGCUCCCUGGAGGCAGAGGGCUCGGACCAGAAGGGAAACCAUUGCCUGUACACCAAUAAGAGCCUUACCAGAGCAGGACGCUGCGCAAGGGGACAGGCCCCAAGAGACAAAGCUGCAGGAGCAGCUGCUCCCCUCUUUGGAUCACCGCUCAGAUACUACUGGUAGAGUUCAGCAGCAGAAUGAUGAAGAGUGUGUGAGCAGGAUGAAUGAGGAAACCACAGCCAUGGGACAUGUUGAGGUCACACUGGCAGAUGGCAACAGUAACCUGCAGGAGUCCACCAACACCAGCAGAAGAAAGGAAGAGACAGAACAUCUUCAUGUGGACACUGUCACAUCUCCGUGCUGGGGUCCCGUCUUUGCCUCUGUCUAUUCUAGCAGUACCCCCCAAUAUAUCAUGUGUUUCAAUCAGACAAAUUUGUCUUUUGAGGCACAAGAAGUCUCCUCUCCUACCAAGAAUCCGAUUCAGCCUCAGUGGAGACCGAAGGUUAAUGCAGUUGAGGAUGAGAAGGGCGAAGACGAGGAAAUGAAUACAGAGCAGGAAAGGAAAGAGCAAAAUGCUGGAUGUUUGGCCCAAAGAGAAAUCUCCCCAAAGUCUUUAAAAGAGUUUGAAGCAGAUCCACAGAGCUCGUCACUCUCAGUGUCUCCACAUAAGGUGAGGGAGGAGACGCCAGUGGAUGAAUCAAACACUGAUAGAGAUUCUUACAGAGAUCAGUCAGCUCCCUCGGCCUGCGCCCCCCAACCCUGUCGAGACAUUGCUGCUGCAGAGAGUGAGCAGGACCUGGGUGUCCUCUGCCAGACCAACACACCCAUGCUGACAUCAGCAGUAGCGGAGCACAGGCGGUCAGUGCGUCCGUCCCGUCGUACGCAGGGCUCCAGAAACCCUUUAAGGGCCCUGGCUGCUCGGGAGGACAUCCGGCAGGACUACAUGGGGGAGAGAUUCAACUCAGCGGCUGAGGAGAGCAUCCAACCAGAGAACAAGUCCAAGAACUCGUCCGUCACAGAAUCCCAUCUUUCCAGAUCAGAAGACGUCCUCUUUUCCACAGACACAACCAUGUCUUCUCCUCCCUUCAGCAGCCUCAUGCUCAUUCACAUCAAAGGUAGGCGGCAGGUCCAGGUGCGUCUGGUGGAGCCCUCAGCGCACUCACUGAACAGUGGAGACUGCUUCCUUCUGGUCGCCCUGCAGCACUGCAUCCUGUGGAGCGGAGAGUUUGCCAAUGAACACGAGAAAGCCAAGGCCUCUGAGCUGGCAUCAUCCAUCCAGAGUCAGAGGGAUCUUGGCUGUCAGGCUUCCCAGGUGGUCCACCUGGAGGAGGGGAUAAACUGUGACAGCAUUUUGGCUGCAGACUUUUGGAGCCUUCUGGGAGGACGGUCACAAUACAGAGGAGCCAGUGCAGAGGAGGAGGAUGAGCUCUAUGAGCUCGGGGUGGUGGAGUCCAACUGUGUGUACCGGCUGGUGGAGAACAGGCUGGUGCCUCAUGAACUGUCCUGGGCCUCCAUCCCCAGUGUUUCCCUGCUGGGUUCCACUGAGGCACUAGUGUUUGAUUUCGGCAGUGAGGUGUACCUGUGGCAUGGACAGGAUGUUUCCCUCAGUAAAAGGAACGUUGCUUUCCAGCUGAGUCAGCAGGUGUGGGUCGGUCCUUAUGACUACAGGAACUGUCGAGUGAACCCGCUGGAUCCCACGCAGUGUAACCCCAACACACCGCUGAGGGGAGAGGGGCGUCCCAGCUGGGCGUUGUUCGGUUGUGUCUCAGAGCACAGCGAGACGGCUCUGUUCAGGGAGAAGUUCCUGAACUGGACAGGCGGGAGUGGAGGCCUGGAAGAAGCUGCUGCUGUGAGCCACAACACACAGCCUGUCCCAGUUGAGUCUUCCCAGUUAAUGUCCCCAUCCUCAGACGUCUUAAGUGCCUGUGACGCCAAGGCCUUGGUGUCGGGUCAGUUACUAGAAGGGGAUGGCUUGGUCCAUAACGUGUUGGCUGGGGUUGACGUCCAGAGGGGGCACGGGGUCAUCAUGCUGGAGGAAGGACGUCAGAUGGAGCUGAAAACACUUUCUGUGGACACAUGGCACGUCCAGGAGUUUGAUGACAGCGAAGUUCCAGUGGAAAGCAGCGGACAGCUUCAUGAAGGAGAUUCCUAUGUCAUCCGCUGGACGUACAGCACCAACACUGUCGAUAAGAUGAACAGCACUGAUGAGUGCAGUAGAGGUCCCGAACAAAAAGAAAACACCGCAUUCUUCCUGUGGCGGGGCCGUCACUCCAGUGUCAGCGGACACGACACCGCUGCUUUCCUGUCCAUUGGGAUGAACAACCAGGAGGAGUCACAGGUGACGCCUUCAGAAUAUCAUUUGCAUGUGGUGGUUCCUCAGGGAAAGGAACCUCCCUGCUUCCUGCAGCUUUUCCAGGGAGGCCUGUCCAUUUACAAGGGCAAGCGAGAGGAGGCCUCCACUAAUGCAGAGUGGCGUCUUUUCUGUGUGCGCGGAGAGCUACCUGAGGAAGGCUCUCUGUUGGAAGUGGAUUGCUGCUGUGCGGGUCUGAGGUCCAGGGGCUCUGUUGUCCUGCUCAACAGCCAGCAGGGGCUGCUGUAUCUCUGGACGGGCUGUAAAGCUCACAGCGGCUCCAGAGAGGUCAGCAAGAGGGCAGUGGAGCAUCUCACUCAAACGUGUCCACCAGAGCUGGGUCUCAGUAAAAGCAGCCCUGUGAAGGUGCAGGUAGUGGAGGAAGGUUCAGAGCCGACAGAGUUCUGGACAGCACUGGGACACAUGGACAGGAAGGCGUAUGACUGCAUGCUGCAAGAUCCCGGAAAAUAUAACUUCACACCUCGCCUCUUCCACCUGAGUGCCUCCUCUGGGAGUUUCCAGGCUGUAGAGCUGCAGAGUCCAUCUCGGCUGCCAGGGGUUGUGAUGCCAUCGCCCUUUGUCCAGGAGAGUCUGUACUCUGUACCACAGCCAGCCUUGUUCUUGCUGGACAACCGCCUGGAGGUGUACCUGUGGCAGAGGGGUCAGCCUGAGCAGACAGAGAGCUCGGCCUCAGACUGGAGCUGCUGGCACGACGAGAGGAGGUGUGCCAUGCAGACGGCGCUGCAGUACUGCAAAGAGAUGAACUCAAGACGCCCACCGCAGGCUUACCUCAUUUUUGAGGGUUUAGAACCUCUUACCUUCACUAAUGUGUUUCCCCGCUGGGAAAGGAGCCUGGGACCCCAUCCACAGGGUGAUGCGGGGCCGGUAAAGCUGACCUUGGUGCAGGACGCCCUGGCCCAGCUUAUGAAGACCCAGUACCCUCUGGAGGAGCUGCUGCAGAGCCCCCUUCCUGAAGGAGUGGACCCCCAGCGCCUAGAAGUCUACCUGUCUGAUCAGGACUUCCAGACUAUUUUGGAAAUGAAGAGAGAAGAAUACGCCUCCCUCCCAGACUGGAAGCAAAUUGAUCUGAAGAAAAGCAAAGGGCUGCUUAGCUAGACAGCGAAAACAAAUGGAGGCUGACUGAUGCUCCUGCAGCAGGGACUUCCUCCUCCACCGAGAAGAGAAGAUGGCAGGGGGGUAUUAGCACCGCGUUGCUGCACAAAGGAUUUCUCACAACGUUAUGAAAAGAGAAAAGAAAUUUACUUUUAUUUAUGUCAAACUAGGAUGAGUGUGUGGACUUUUUAUCAGACAUUAACUUCUCCGUAGCUUUUGUUCAGAGCAAAAAACCAAACACAUUUUCCUAUUAAAGUAAACUUUAUCUGUACAAAUCAUUGAAAGAUAUAAAGAAAAAUGUAUGAGUGUAUGGAAGAAGAACAUCAGUAACAAACUGUGGAAUAAGGAGAAGAAAACAAAGGAAUGCAUAUAAAAAAAUGCUAAUAAACAAUGUAAACAAGAAAAAAAGGAAUAAAAGGCUAACUACUUUUAAAAAGGUUUCCUCCUCGAUUGAGAUCUUUCCAUCAAAAUAUCUCUGCAUACUUGGAGCUAUAGGUUUGCUUAAUUUCAGUUAAAAGAUUUUCAGCUGCUGCUUCUCUUCCUGAUUGUCACUACACUCUUUAAAAAUGUGUGUUCGACUCCUAUUAUAUGUACCCUACUGUGGUAGGAGCUACUGAUGUGUUCAUUGUCUGCCUGCCUUGUGUGUACAAUAGUUUGUGCCAUGUUUAUUGUAGCUUAAGCCCAUGUGUUCAUUGUUGCUGUGGGUAAUGCCUUAUUAGGACUCCUUUGGGAUUCAGUAUUAGCUAUGCAUGGGGGAGCAGGUAGACAUGCUCCAAUAACAUCCCUCUGGCCCAAAACAACACGCUAAUUCUGCUCCACCUCAAUCAACACACUGUUCACGGCUCCCCUCCUAACACGACAACCUAUAAAGACAUGCUGCAUCAUCAUUGUGUGUGAAAGCUCAAUAUUUCGGAUAACGGUAACACUGAGCUGAUGGUGAUUAAAAAUGUUUUGCUCUACUUUGGAAAUUGUGUAAUAUCCUAUUUCUUGGAUGAAUGUAGAUAUAAUCUUUAGCUUAGCUUCUUAUAAAAAAAAACCCCACCUUUUUGUUGUCAAAAUUAAAGAACAAGUGUUUCUUG